AUGUUGUUCUGUAGACCUACCAUAAGAGCGGUGAUCAGGCCUCUACAAUAUACAAGGUUUCAAUCCUCGUAUUCCAAUAUCACUAAAUUGACCAAUCUAAUAGAAUUUAAAAACCUGGUCAAGCAAAAUGACAAGUUAGUUAUUGAUUUCUAUGCCACCUGGUGCGGUCCCUGUAAGAUGAUGCAACCACACUUGACAAAGCUAAUUCAAGCUUACCCAGAAGUGAGAUUUGUCAAAUGCGAUGUGGACGAAGCACCAGAUAUUGCCAAGGAAUGUGAAGUGACGGCUAUGCCCACUUUUGUUCUUGGGAAAGAUGGUCAACUCAUAGGAAAGAUCAUUGGAGCCAAUCCUGCCGCUUUGGAAAAGGAAAUUAAGGACCUAUAA